GUCACUCUUCAACAUCCAACAAAUCCAUGUGAAUCCAAUAACGCUCGAUCAAUUCAACCAGAUAAACAGCAAUAACCAUGGCCACUCUGAGUAAAGGUCUGCAACACCUCAAACGUUUUUCAACUUGUGAUAUCGGCGAUGCCCUCGUCAAGCUCAAACAGCCGUAUGGCGGCUUCCUUGAUGGCCUCAAAAUGUUCUCCCCUGGACCUGGAACCAGCAUUUACGGACCUGCCGUGACCGUCAAAAUGGUCGAAACCAACAGUCCCGGACCGAAGCCUGAUGUGCAUUUUGCGGAUGCUAACAAGGAGGGACAUAUCAUGUACAUCCAACAGCCAAAGGGGCUGUAUUCAGCGUGCUGGGGAGGAUUAAUGUCUACGAGAGCCCAGAAAAUGGGAGGCCAGGGGGUGAUUAUCGAUGGGAGAAUGAGAGAUGUUCAAGAGCACAAGGAUUUGAAGUUCCCGGUCUUUGCGCGAGGAACGUCUGUUCUAGGAUCGAAUACCUUCACUCGGGCGUCUGAGAUCAACGUCCCUCUUCAGUUCAAAGGCGAUCUCUGGAUUCAUCCAAAUGACAUCUUGGUUGGAGAUGAAAAUGGGGUUGUCGUUGUUCCGCCUUCUCUCAUCCAGAAUACUAUUGAAUUGUGCCAGGAACGAUGGGAAGUAGACGAGAAGACCUUCGCUGCUUUGUGUGCUGGAGAGAAAAUGGGCCCAACUAUUCAGAGGCUGCGAAAGUAGCCAUUUUGCCUUUAGAUUCAGAUUAUAUAAUUUCAACUCUAU